AUGUCUCUCAUUCUUUCUGGUCUCCUUUUUCUUUCGUCCUUCGUACCGCGCAUAUUGGACCCUCAAGUUUUGCAAGACACCAACAACGAACCAAAUGUUAAUGGGCAAUCUUUUGAUUACAUCAUCGUAGGUGGGGGCUUGACUGGACUGACAGUAGCCAACCGAUUGAGUGAAGACUCAAGCCGUACUGUCCUUGUCAUAGAAAAUGGCUAUUUGGUCGACGACAUCACCACACGGGUGCCGAGCUUUGCAAACAGUAUCAAUGCGCCACUCAUGUACGACAUCACUUCCGCCUAUGACGCUGGUACCGGCGGCACACACCCUGUCUGGGUCGGAAACGUGGUAGGGGGAGGAUCGGUCAUCAACGGCAUGGCCUUUGACCGCGCAUCUGCCGCCGACUACGAUGCGUGGGAGCAACUCGGCAAUACCGGCUGGAAUUUCAACAGCCUCCUUUCCUACUUCAAAAAGUCGACGACCUUUACACCGCCAUCAGCAUCCCAGGCCCAGAAUUUUGGCAUUACCUACGACGCAUCAUACUACGGAAAUAAUGGUCCCAUUCAAGCCUCCUUCCCCAACUUCGAAUAUCAAGAUACCAAGACUAUUUGGGCAUCCUACAGGCGAGAGGGCAUUCCCUUGCCCAAAGAACAUGCCUCAGGCAACGCUGUUGGCGCGUACUGGGUACCCUCCUCCCUGCAAUCCCAGACGCAAACACGAUCUCAUGCCAAAAACGGAUACUACGACCCCGUUAAGAGUCGCAAAAACCUGGUGCUCAUUACGGGAAAGACUGUCAACGAAAUCUUGUUCAAAAGUGGCCUCCUUACCGGAUACACCGCCAAUGGUGUCCAAUUCAAGUCUCGCAAGGACGGUUCUGUCUGUCAGGUGUUUGCCAAACGCGAGGUCAUCAUGGCCGCCGGCUCAAUCUUUACACCUCAAAUACUCCAACUCAGCGGCAUCGGUCCUGCAAGCUUGCUGAACUCUGCUGGGAUCCAAGUCAAGAAGAACAUGGCGGCAGUCGGUGCCAACAUGCAGGAUCACCCCAACGCCAACAUGUAUUUCGACCUACAGAACCUGGCUUUCCCAAAUCCGUUCAGCGGUGCCAACCCUUCCUACAACGCUACAGCGUGGUCACAAUAUGACACUGACAAAACUGGUCCCCUCACCCAAGCCCACGGUAACAGUCUCGCCUUUUUGAGCUUGCAGAAUAUCACGAACAAAUGGAAUGACAUUGUGCAGACUGUAAAGUCGCAGAAUGCUCGCAGCUAUCUGCCUCCCAUCUACGAUAACGCUGCACUCCUAAACGGCUUCCAGAAGCAACGCGAUAUCAUCGCUGGCCUCCACGCCAGUCAAGACGCCGCUGUUGGUGAAUUUCCAAUGGUGCCGUUUGGCCUAGCCAUCAAUGCUCUACAACGUCCGCUUUCUCGUGGCACUGUCACCAUCGACCCUAACAACAAGUAUGCGGCUCCCGUUGUCCAGUUCAACUCUCUGCAAAACCCCGUCGACCGCCAGAUCAUCGUCGAAAUGGUUCGGUGGACACGUAAGCACUGGCAAAACCCUGAGCUUGCCAAAUUCAACCCCGUCGAACUCACGCCCGGUCCACAGGCGCAGACAGACGAUGAGAUCAUCAACGACCUUGUUCAGAACAAAGCUCUCGAGGCAUCCUUUGCACACAUGUCGGGCACCUGUGCCAUGAUGCCCGAAUCAUGUGGUGGCUGUGUGGCCAGCGAUCUUACAGUGUACGGGGUAAAAGGCCUCAGCAUCGUUGAUGCAAGCAUCAUCCCCUUGAUUCCCGCAACCCACUUACAAUCCACAAUGUAUGCUGUUGCAGAAAAGGCUGCCGACAUCAUCAAGUCCAGAAACGGCCUUAACCUUCUCAACAUACUCCCCAUCAGGACCCCACCUGCAAAUCCCCAUCCUUUAGUCACCCUUCCUUCAUUGAAUUUCCCUUCAUUUUCAAAUAUGUUUGGUUCUGGAAGAACCUGGGAUCGUUAAGAUGAAAACCGUAUGCAAUGGAAUUUCGAAGCUAUCAUCCGC